AUGGCGGACCAGAAGCUUCUGUCGGCAAAGCAGAUUUCAGAGCACAAUUCGCCGGAUGACUGCUGGGUCGUCGUGGAUAACCAGGUGUGGGACGUAACUGAUUUUCUGGAGGAGCAUCCCGGUGGCUCGACCAUCAUAUUAAAAUACGCCGGCCACGACGCCACAGAAGCCUACUCAGAAGUCCACGCACCGAGUGUAAUGAAAACCAACCUCCGACCCGACAAAUUCAAAGGCGUGCUGGACGAAUCGACAAUCGACGAAGACUGGAUCAAGCCAGCACCCGACAAGAGUCCAAAGGUACUACUAGACAACGAGAAGCCCCCACUAGGAACACUGAUCAAUUCGCACGACUUCGAAGUCGUGGCUUCCAAAACCGCCAGCAAGAAAACGUGGGCGUUUUACUCCAGCGCCGCGACAGAUCUGAUCACGCGUGACGCGAACAAGUCCUGCUUUGAUAGGAUAUGGUUUCGGCCGCGGGUGCUGCGAAAUGUGCGGGACGUUGAAACCCGGACGACGAUUCUCGGUGGUGAUUUUAAUUUGCCGCUUUUUGUUAGUCCCGCUGCGAUGGCGAAGUUGAUUCAUCCUGAUGGCGAGUGUGCUAUUGCGCGGGCUUGUGAGAGCAAGGGGAUUAUACAGGGUAUCUCGAAUAACUCCUCCUUCACCAUGGACGAACUCCGAAUCGCCGCACCCACCGCCAGCUUCUUCUUCCAACUAUACGUAAACCGCGACCGCGAAAAAUCCGCCGCAUUGCUCAGGCAGUGCUCCGCGAACCCGAACAUCAAAGCCAUCUUCGUCACCGUCGACGCCGCGUGGCCCGGUAAGCGAGAAGCCGACGAACGAGUCAAGGCCGACGAGAGCCUCUCCGUACCGAUGUCGCCUUCCAAAGCCCAAAACGACAAGAAGGGCGGUGGUCUCGGCCGCGUGAUGGCCGGGUUCAUCGACCCGGGACUCACCUGGGAAGAUCUCAAAUGGGUGCGACAGCAUACCCACAAACCGGUUUGUCUGAAGGGUGUCAUGUCUGCGGAUGAUGCACGGAUGGCGAUGGAGGCUGGUUUAGAUGGGAUCUUGCUCAGUAACCAUGGCGGCCGGAAUCUGGAUACCAGUCCGCCUUCCAUUAUUACGCUUCUUGAGAUCCAGCGCCGGUGUCCGGAGGUUUUUGGUCGGAUGGAGGUGUAUGUGGAUAGUGGGAUCCGGCGGGGGACGGAUAUUCUCAAGGCUGUUUGUCUUGGGGCGACGGCUGUGGGGAUGGGGAGGAGUAUGCUUUUUGCGACGAAUUACGGACAAGAGGGUGUUGAGCAUUUGGUCGACAUUAUGCAAGACGAAUUGGAAACGGCGAUGCGCAAUAUCGGCAUCACCUCGUUGGAUCAAGCUUCGCCGGACCUCCUGCACACCGGGGAUGUCGACCACCUGGUUCCGGCCACGGGCUCGCACCCGUACGCUCGGGCCAUAGCUAAAGGGCGGGGUUCCAAGCUGUAG